AUACAACGUGCGUUACCCUUAACUGCCGAUUUAAAAUAGAAAGAAUCUUUGUUUUGACAUAGAAGGCUCUAAGAGUUACGAUUCAAACGGUUGUAAAAUACAGAAAAGUAAUCAAAUGGAUAAAAAGGGAUUAUUUUUCGUCGCAUUAAUGUGUGUUUGCUCUCGUAGAAGCUGGGCAUCUUCUGAAAGAUUUUACAUGGAAGAUGAAUGCGGUGGGCUGAUAGAUAUGGAUGCACGAGAUCUCGAAAGUAUCAGGGUGGAAAUGACCAAAUACCAGCUUUACCAUAACGCACUGGAUUGUGUACUUCGAGUGAAAGCCCCUAAAAACAAACGAUUCGAAGUGAAGAUAUUAAAGAACAACAUAGAACGAAGUGAGAAUUGCACUAAAGACUUUCUGCAGAUAUAUGAUGGACCGGAACUCAUUAAUGACGUCUUACCAGGCCUAGAUAGACGUGUGUGCUCUUCCUCUUCCUUACGCCACAGUUACGCUUCAGCCGGCGACUAUAUUACAAUCAGGUUCAAAAGUAACCCGACAGAAGCGUUGGAUGGAUUUCGGCUUCUUAUUACAGCUUUCAGAACAGACCCAGGCGAUGAAUGUUACAGUAACGAGUUUCAGUGCAAAUCCACCAGGCGUUGCAUUUCCGAUGCUCUCGUCUGCGACCGGUUCGAUGAUUGUUCCGACUCCAGUGACGAAUGUGAUCUGCCUACCCCAGCCAUUAUUGGAAUAGCAGUGGGUGCGGUUGUGGCCUUUCUUAUCAUCGUUGGAAUCCUACUCUGUAUCUGCUGUCUAAGAAAGAAGCGCGUCAGAACCGGAAGUACCAAGCAUUUGAACCGACAUGACUCAUCGGAUGGUGCGGCAACCCCUUCUGAAGAACCAGAGAUUACCGACAGCCACUAUUACAGGCCAAAGUCUUACCACCAACCAGUGCACACUAUUCCAUCCAGUCAGCCGGCGUUCACAGUGAAUGGACCAUACUACACAUACAACAAACCGGAAGUUGUCGGUAACACACGCCAUGUUUGGAUCACAGCACCACCGGAUGUGACGUAUCUUUCCACAUACAAUUGAAUUAGCUUUCUUAUCGACAGGAAUUUGAUUCUGUCUCUAACAAACUGACUUACGGCUGGGAUUUAAAAAUAUGAUAUUUUUGUCGAUGUCAGCCGGAAUGAUAAGAAACGUAAAACAACCUGCAAGGGAAAUCCUUUAGUCAGUGUGAUAUGUUCAUGACUUUUUAUGUUUAUCUACAUUCCAAAAGUCAGAAACUUAUGGAAGGUAUUUUGAGUGUUUUAAAGAAUUUACAGAAACAACUCCAGAAAAUUGCCGAUUCCAGAGAGUUGAAAUGACAAUAAAAUCGAUAACAUAUUUCCUGGCGAAAACUUCCCCUUUUUGUAAUUUAGGCUGAGACAUUUUAUUGUUUACUUUAAAUGAUGUAGCAGAUCUACUGGUCCUUGAAAAUUUGAAUAUUUUUUUUACUUUUUUAUUUUUUUUUUUUUUAAUUUUUUUUUUCAUUCUGCGGCGAGUGCAGGUGAAAAGGGAUAGCUAGCAGAGAAUAGGGCAAGGUUGAAAAAUGGUUGGCAAUAUAUUUUUACUUAUAUGUAUUGAUCUAUUUACGUAACAGAAAAUAGACAUCCAAAUACGCUACUAUAGUUUGACAAUACUUCAAAGCGAAGAGUAAUUAUUACAUGUAAUAUUUUGUGUCUCCAUGUUGUAUUGUGGCAUUGCCUGUUGAAUAUGAUAGGCCACACGAAAGUGACAGGAAGAUUUAUGUGUAGUUUGCAUUAUGCAUAUAUUAAGUCCGACAAAAUGCUUUUCUUAUGACUGAUGUUCUUAAAUUUAAAAGUUCACAAGUUUGAAAGUAAAACGGAAGUGCGUUUUAAGGUUUAAAUAAUAAUUUAUUCAUUCACUUCUGAUAUGUGUGCAUAUAUAUGUAUAUACAUUAUUUAUUUUCACUAUAAUAGCUUUCAGUUUUCCGUGGAGCUCAUUUAUAUGAUUAUAAAGUAUGUAUUUGUAAAUUUAAUAAAUUAAAAAAGCGCAUUCCAUUGUUUGGCCGUACUUGACGAACCGUUCAAAUUAAUAAUAUUAAGCCAUAAAAUGAAUUAUUCAUAUGCAAGUCAUUUGUUACCUUCAGACAUCGUAAUUAAACUUGUUUAUCAUCUAUUUUUGUUUUACAUGUUUGAAAAUAUUUUUGACUCCAUGUUAAAUGUUGAAAAAAGAAUAAAGUGGUUUCUGUUUACGAUGAAAAUUCCAACAAAUGAAUAGCAUGAUAUAUCAUUGUUUUCAUAGAAUAUUUAGUUAUAUAAAAUUUUGUGAUGGCUUAUCGUGCUUCGAAAUGAUAGAAAUGUAUAAGUUUUAUUUUUUUGUGGCAGUAUUUCAAAAUAUGAAAUAAAAUUUUUUUUUCGUUUUACAUGUAAGAUAAAAAAUAUCUUUUACUCAUGAACACCAUAUUUUACCUUUUCACUCCUGAAAAUAUUGCAUUGGAUGUUCACCAGUGAAAGAUAUUUUAAUCUUCUACUCGAAAACAAACAAAUAUCCUCUGUCUUUUGUUUGUUGGCUACAACAGCGAUUUGAUGUUUCAGAUCUUGAAGGUCUAUCACAAACAUACUUGCAUACUAUCUAGAAUUUCAGUUACAAUCAAUUCUGAUACAUUUUAUAUAAAAAAGUUAUUCCUUUUUUUUCGGGUCAGCUAUCUUACUUAUUUAGUCCUACAUUAUGGCACGCCAAACACGACAUUGAUGGAUUAAAUUCGUUCUGAUGUCAUCAGAUGACAUGAUAUGGUUAUUUUUCAUUCUGAUGUUGUUACUUUUACAUUAUCUGGUAGUACAUUUUCAUUCUAGUGUUGCCGUUACUUUAAAUACUGAUUGGGUCACUUUUUGUUGUCCAUUCUAUCGUGGUUUCUUUUUACUUUGUCAUUCGGCAGUGGUACCAUGUCAUUCGACAGUGAUAGCUUGCCAAUUUGACAUUCGGCAGUGAUACCUUGUCAUUCGGCUGUGAUACCUUAGCAUUCGGUAGGGGUAGCUUGUCAUUGGGCAAUGGUUACUUAGCAUUCGGCAGUGUUUGCUUGCUACUGCCGCCGAAUGACAAGUAACACUAUCAUGAACGUAAAGUGACCACGUCAGAAUGGAAUAGAGUCACAUUAUAAUGUUACAUAACCCCAUCAUCAUCAUCAUCAUCAUCACCAUACUAAUAAUAUUUUCUAUUUAAAUAUGAUAACGCAUUAAGAAAUUUAUGGAAUACAUCAGAAUUAAAAGUAACCUUGACAGCAACAGAAUGAAAAUAAACCACCAAAGUCGUGCUUGUAUUUUCAUAUCAUGUACUUAUAAGGCAGGGGCCUCACUUGCACCUCACUGAUGUAUGUUCGAGCCUCACCCGGGGCGUUGAAUUCUUCAUGUAAGGAAUACAUCCAGCUGGCUUACGGAAGGUCAGUUGUUCUACCCAGGAGCCCGCUCAUGAUGAAAUAAUGCACGGAGGGACACCUGGGGUCUUCCUCCACCAUCAAAGCUGGAAAGUAUGUGGCCUAUAAUUGUGUUGAUGCGACAACCAAAACAAAACCUUACACGGCAUUUUUUCAAACCGGUGAUUAUAAUUAAUUUUGAUAUUCGUUAUGUAUAUAUAUAUGUUAAAGGACUGUAGUUUAAGCUGAGAUAUAUGUAAAGUGUUAUUGCAAGGUGUUCUCCAGCCAACGUGUAUAUGUAGCUAUAUGUCUUUUUUGUGUGUACACCACAACUAUUAUGUCAAACAUGCAAAAAUGAUUUUCUGAAUUUGAAACUUCAAGAAAAAACAAUUGUUUAAACGCGGAUGCAUUCAAGAAAAAAAGCUUGUUUGUGUAAAUGAUAUAAAAAAUCGUAUCAUUACCAAUGUCCACGUGUUCUUAUAUUAGCUAUCGGAAAGGGUAGAAAAUAUAAAUUAAGUUGAAACAGAAUAUGGGGAAAGCAAUAUAUUACUGUUUUCGGCCUUGUAUCAAUUAUGAAGUCAACUUUAAAUAAUGAAAAUUGUUAAUUCAGCAAUGUGUAUGUGUUUGAUGACUAGACUUAGUAGUACUAGUUUGCCUUAUUUGCUUACCUAACUAUUAUGUGUACUCAUAAAUAGUUCAUUGUGAAUAUCAUAUAUCUUACUAUUCUGUAUUUUCACUAUUGUACAUAGAUGUAAGAACUACGACAAAGUAAACAGCCAAUGAAUAUGUAUAUAUUUGCCAAUAAAUUAUGUGAUGUCAGUAUAUAA